GCCCCCCCCGCCCGUGGCCGCGCCCCCUGCCGCCCCCCCCUCAGCGCUCCCGAGCAGUCCAGCCGCGGAGUCCGAGCGCCGGGCGACCGUCGUCGAGCCCGCGGGCGGGGCGAACAAAGCGGCGGCGGCGCGGGCGGCCCAGGCGCGGGGCGCGCGGAGCGAGCGACCCGCCGGGUCUUUGUCUCGGGCGGGGCCGGAGCGGCGGCCGCCGCGGGGCGCCCCGAACGCAGAAUGCGGCGCCCGGCGGGGCGGAUCGGGGAGCGCUGCGGCGGCGGGCGUCGUGGAGCCCGGCCUGGGGCCCGAGCGGACUUGUGUGUGUGAAGGGGGGACCCCGGCGCCGCACGUGGGCGGGAGCGGCGGCCCGCGAGGAGGAGGAGGAGGAAGAGGAGGAGGAGGAGGACGGACGCGCGGCGGCGCAGCGCGGACCCGGGGCCGCCCGCCAGAAGCCCCGCCCCGGCCGCCGAGCCCCGCGCGGGCGGACGGGCGGGAUGCCCGGCGGCCGCCGCACUUUGGCCCCGGCGCAGCCCUGACCGAGCCGGGCCGGGCCGGGCGCGCGGGCGCGCGGGCGCCAUGGAGCAGUGGCGGCAGUGCGGCCGCUGGCUCAUCGACUGCAAGGUCCUGCCGCCCAACCACCGGGUCGUGUGGCCCUCGGCCGUGGUCUUCGACCUGGCGCAGGCGCUGCGCGACGGCGUGCUGCUGUGCCAGCUGCUGCACAACCUGGCCCCGGGCUCCGUGGACCUCAAGGACAUCAACUUCCGGCCGCAGAUGUCCCAGUUCCUGUGUUUGAAGAAUAUACGCACCUUCCUCAAAGUCUGCCACGACAAGUUUGGACUAAGGAACAGUGAGCUGUUUGACCCCUUUGACCUCUUCGAUGUCCGAGACUUUGGAAAGGUCAUCUCUGCCGUGUCCCGACUGUCCCUGCAUAGCAUUGCUCAGAACAAAGGGAUCAGGCCUUUUCCCUCAGAGGAGACCGCGGAGAGCGACGAUGACGUCUACCGCAGCCUGGAGGAGCUGGCCGACGAGCAUGACCUGGGGGAGGACAUCUACGACUGCGUGCCCUGCGAGGAUGACGGGGAUGACAUCUACGAGGACAUCAUCAAGGUGGAGGUACAGCAGCCCAUGAAAAUGGGCAUGACAGAGGAUGACAAGAGGAGCUGCUGCUUGCUGGAGAUUCAGGAGACAGAGGCCAAGUACUACCGGACCCUGGAGGACAUCGAGAAGAACUACAUGGCCCCCCUGCGGCUAGUGCUGAGCCCGGCGGACAUGGCGGCUAUCUUUAUCAACCUGGAGGACCUCAUCAAGGUACACCACAGCUUCCUGAGGGCCAUCGACGUGUCCAUGAUGGCGGGCGGCGGCACGCUGGCCAAGGUCUUCCUGGAGUUCAAGGAGAGGCUGCUGAUCUAUGGGGAGUACUGCAGCCGCAUGGAACACGCCCAGAGCACACUGAACCAGCUCCUUGCCAGUCGGGAGGACUUCCGGCAGAAAGUGGAGGAGUGCACGCUGAAGGUCCAGGACGGCAAGUUUAAGCUGCAAGACCUGCUGGUGGUGCCCAUGCAGCGGGUGCUGAAGUACCACCUGCUGCUCAAGGAACUCCUGAGUCAUUCUACUGACCGGCCUGAGAGGCAGCAGCUGAAAGAAGCACUGGAGGCCAUGCAGGACUUGGCCAUGUACAUAAAUGAAGUGAAACGGGACAAAGAGACCUUGAAAAAGAUCAGCGAGUUCCAGAGUUCCAUUGAAAACCUGCAAGUGAAACUCGAGGAAUUUGGGAGGCCAAAGAUUGAUGGGGAACUGAAAGUCCGGUCCAUAGUCAACCACACCAAACAAGACAGGUACCUGUUCCUGUUCGACAAGGUGGUCAUCGUGUGCAAGAGGAAGGGCUACAGCUAUGAGCUGAAGGAGGUCAUCGAGCUGCUCUUCCACAAGGUGACCGACGACCCCAUGCACAACAAGGACAUCAAGAAGUGGUCCUAUGGCUUCUACCUGAUCCACCUCCAAGGCAAGCAGGGCUUCCAGUUCUUCUGCAAGACAGAGGACAUGAAGAGGCGGUGGAUGGAGCAGUUCGAGAUGGCCAUGUCAAACAUCAAGCCGGACAAGGCCAAUGCCAACCAUCACAGCUUCCAGAUGUACACCUUUGACAAGACCACGAACUGCAAGGCCUGUAAGAUGUUCCUCAGGGGCACCUUCUACCAGGGCUACCUGUGCACCAGGUGUGGCGUUGGGGCACACAAGGAGUGCUUGGAGGUCAUGCCCCCCUGCAAGUUCAGUUCCUCUGCAGACAUGGAAGCUUCCGGAGCGGGACCGGGUCCCAAGAUGGUGGCGGUGCAGAAUUAUCACGGCAACCCCGCCCCGCCUGGGAAGCCCGUGCUGACCUUCCAGACGGGGGACGUCAUCGAGCUGCAGCGGGGCGACCCGGAGUCACAGUGGUGGGAGGGCCGGCUGCUGCAGACCCGGAAGUCAGGGUACUUUCCUAGCACAUCGGUGAAGCCAUGUCCGGUGGAUGGGAGGCCGCCCAUGAGCCGGCCACCGUCCCGGGAGAUCGACUACGCUGCCUACCCCUGGUUUGCAGGCAACAUGGAAAGACAGCAGACAGACAAUCUGCUCAAGUCCCACGCCAGCGGGACCUACCUCAUCCGGGAACGGCCCGCAGAGGCCGAGCGCUUCGCCAUAAGUAUCAAGUUCAACGAGGAGGUGAAGCACAUCAAGGUGGUGGAGAAGGACAACUGGAUCCACAUCACCGAGGCCAAGAAGUUCGAGAGCCUCCUGGAGCUGGUGGAGUACUACCAGUGCCACUCGCUCAAGGAGAGCUUCAAACAGCUGGACACCACGCUCAAGUUCCCCUACAAGUCCCGGGAGCGGGCCGCCUCCAGGGUCUCCAGCCGGUCACCAGCUUCCUGUGCUUCCUACAACUUUUCUUUUCUCAGUCCUCAGGGCCUCAGCUUUGCCCCCCAGGGCCCCUCCGCUCCUUUCUGGUCAGUGUUCACGCCCCGGGUCAUCGGCACCGCCGUGGCCAGGUACAACUUCGCAGCACGGGACAUGAGGGAGCUCUCGCUGCGGGAAGGGGAUGUGGUGAAGAUCUAUAGCCGCAUCGGCGGGGACCAGGGCUGGUGGAAAGGCGAGACGAAUGGACGGAUCGGCUGGUUUCCUUCAACGUACGUGGAAGAGGAGGGCGUCCAGUGACGGCAGGAGCGAGGACAGGACUCGUGGAUCUUCUUGGGAGAGUCUCCCCAGCUCUGAAGCUCCUCCCUGGCUCUUCUGUGGCUCCCAGAGGAAAUGCCCACCUGCCUUCUGGUUGUCACCAGCCUGCAGGGACAGGGAGGGUGCUUUCCCAUCACCUGGCCUUGGUGGCCUGUCCCUGGGGACCCUCCUUGUACAUAGAGGAAAGCUGUGUUGGCCCCCGCCCCAGCCUCAAGGACAGGGGCUUCAGCAGAAGCACCAGCCACCCGUGGGCGACAGCCACGGCAUGACCCUCAGGCUGAGAUGGUGCUCAGGAGCCUAGGGCUCAACAGCUGGUGUUCCUCGGAGGGCUGGGGGCAGCGGAGGGGCUGCCCCACCCAGUGGGCUCAGACACUGGACUCAGCCGCCUGUCUUCUCUGCUGCUUUUGAGGGAUCUGGGCCUUGGGGGGCAGAUGGGGCCAGAGUUAGGCCUCUUGCUGUAGUUCUGGCUCACUGGGGCUGCGCUGGGGUGUGGAGGUGUGGAGGGUCCAGGUCUCGCUGCGUCCCAGGCAGGGCUUUCCCUCACCCCCUGGUGGCCCUUUGCGCAGGCCCCUCUCCCGGCCCGGCCCUCCUCCCUGAUCCAUGGUACCUGCUCCUCGUUCACGGGGCCCCUCCUAACCCCUGAACGUCUGUCCUGCUGCAGGGACAUGUCCUCCGGAGAGCCUGAGCUCGCAGAGCACCCCUCUGCUUGCCCGCCUCCCUCUUCAGGGGUCCCCCGGGAGGUGGGGAUUUCUGGCAUUUGCACGAGAGAUUUCAGUCUCCCAGGGACUCCUGCAGUGCGCAAGCUGAGCCUGUGGCCAACCUGAAAUAAGUGCUCUUGGGGUGCCUCCGCCCCGUCCCCUCGCCCUGCUCAUGGCUCCUGGCCUUUGACCUCAGACUGGCUUGGCCAGGCCCUAUUUUCUGUACGCUGACGUGGCAUAGACCCUAGCCACCCUGUCUCCCUGAGACAGGGUCCCCUUCUCCCUACAGCCAGCUGUCCAGCCCUGGGCUGGGGAGGGGCAGCCGUGCUGAAGGGUGCGCUGUGCUGGCCGAGGUCGGCCUUGUGGUCUCCAGCUUCCGCCUGCGGAGGUGUGGGGAGGGAGUGGGAAGGGUAGAGGAGCUAGGAGCUGGGCAGGGUCCUGCAAAGGCCCCCAAGUAAGGAUAAACAGGGAGCCCCCGUGGGGUGGAGGGUUGGCCUGGAGGAGGAGGCACUCAGCCAUCGUGAGUUGGGUGCACCCAGCACUUUGCACAGGCCCUUUGCUCAGCCUGCCCAGCCUGGACCCAGGGUGGGGGGGACCCCUGGCUCUCUGUGUUGAUGCCAAUGUCCUGUGCCAGCCUCGUGCUUGACCCUGGUUUAGGUUUGUUUUGCUGUGUUUUUUGUUUGACCUGUUUGUUUCCUAAGGGGAAGAAAGUCUGUAAUUAAUUCAUCCAAAUCUCCCGUUAUCUGUGAAUAAGGAAGAGAUUUUAUAAUAGCAAGCAAAUGAUGUAUAUUUUAGUUGGCCUCAAAAUGAGUUGUGAUUAACGAAAGACACUGGGGAAAAAUAAUGUAGAACCCUGUUUGUUUGUUUGUUUUUGUGUUUUGUUUUGUUUGGAAGGUUGUGUUUGCUUUGGUUUGGGUUUUGCACUGUGCUGAGCAGGGUGGCAGCAGUCAGGCCGGGUCACACGGUGCUGCGGCCCACAGGAGGGGCCGAGGAGCAAGGCCCGGAGCGCCUGGGAGCAUGCCGGAGCCCAUGCACGCGCGUCAGGGAGGUGGGUCCCCAUAACCAGUGGACACCCCAGAAGUGGAACAUUAACUGUACAUUCGCCAGUCGGUUCUUUUCCAGACCACGGUUUUUACUGCAAAUAAACCUAAACUCUUUCUUCAAA